CGAACGGGGGGACGGCGCUGGGCGAUGGCGCUCGCUGUACCUGUACCUGAACCUGCGCCGCCACCCGCGAUUCUGGCGCACAAGGGCUGCGAUACACACGGGGAUAGCGACGGAGCAAAGCUGUCUGGCGGCAUUAGCACAGGUACCAGUACCAGCAUCAGGUCGAGCUUGUGCCCAUCUCUCUCGCGGCGGCCCGGCGCUAGCACUCCAUGCUCAAAUUAAACUCCCUACGACCCUGGAAGCUCACUGACCAUGGCCAGGCCCUUCAGGUACCUGCGACCUGGCCCCCUGCUCGCAUCCUGCCCUGCGCUGUCUUAUUCGCUACAACAAGGGGGGAAUUGCCCGCCGAAACCUGCUGGGUUCCCUGCAAUCGCCUGCUCCUCGCCAAGUUGCUGUACUUGUACUUGCAUGCGCUGUCCUGUGCUGUCCCACCGACUCAACAGGCCUGUCGCCUUUGCUAACCCGCUUCGUCGCUCGCUCUCUCUGUCUCUCUCCUUUGGCUCGGAGCCUCUCUCGCGCUCUUCCUCUUCUUUUCUCCUCUCCCCAUCGCCAGUUUUCCCUCUGUCGACCAUUGCGAUUUAUCGUUGCAAACCGCCUGCCAGCGGGCCUGUCACUCAUUUUUAGCUUUGCUUGUCAAGCUCUCAGUCAUUCCUUUUUGCGUGCUGCUUCUGCGAAUCAGCAGCUACACAACAGUCGUUCCUUGUCUUUGCCCGCCUGGUUGGCAUUGCAUUCUUAACCCGCUUUUUUUGGUUUUCUUGCUGGACGAACGUCGAUCGACACCACCUCUCGUUUUUGCGG